AUGAAUUAUUUCUUAUGGAAUCAAACAAAAUGUAUUACAUCAGAACAAAUUUGUUUGGGUCAAUCGUCAUUACCACUGGCACAUGAAGAUGUCUGUUUAAUGCAACCUAAAAUAUCGCCGGCCUAUGAAAUAUCAGCUUUCAUUACAGAAAGUUCGGACAACCGUGCCUGUGCAUUGUCAUCAGGACCACUGUUUCUAAGAGAACCAAAACGAUUUCUAAGAACAUCUCGAUUAAGUUCUUUUCCACCAACUUCUACUAUUGUCUCUGUUGAACAAACUGUUCAAUUUGAUACGAACAAAAAUAUAUUUGUACAUAGGUACGACAAAAGUUGGUAUUGUAAUCGAGGAAUUCUAAUACUGUUCGAAAACAAUCAAACUAUUAAAUGUCUUUGUCCUCCGAGUUAUUUUGGUGCUUACUGCCAAUGGCAAAAUCAACGUAUUAGUUUAACAUUUCAAUUAAUAUAUCGUACUACUACAUUUGUCAUGCCUGUAUAUCAAGUCAUUAUCAUGCUUAUUGAUGAACAGAGACAAAUCACAUCUUAUCAUGAACAAAUUAUGUAUGUACCUAAACGUGAUUGUGCAACAAAGUUUAAUAUCUAUUUACUUUAUCCUCAUCAACCGAAACAUGUUUCGACUAAUUAUUCAAUACAUAUCGAUAUUUUUGAUAAAAUUACAUUAAAAUAUUGGGCGAGUUGGCAUCUAUCGAUUCCUUUUCAAUUUCUACCAGUGAAUCGAAUAGCUGCUCAAUUAUUCAUUCCAAAUAUUCAACAAUCAGAAUCUUGUUCAUUACCAUGUGGAAAUCAUGGUAGAUGCAUACGAUAUAUAAAUAAAAAUUUCUUAUAUUUUUGUCAAUGUGAUCAAGGUUAUUCAGGUUUACUAUGUGAUAUCGAACAAAAUUGUUCUUGUUCAUCGGAUUCAUUUUGUCAUACUUCAUCUAUUUGUAUUUGUCCAAUUAACAAAUAUGGACCAAAAUGCUAUUUAAAACAUUCAAUUUGUCAAUCAUCAACGAAUCCAUGUGAAAAUAAUGGACUUUGUGUGCCUGUCGAUGAUCGUAUUGAUCUUAACAAAUUUACAUGUUUGUGUAAAGAAAGUUUUUAUGGAAUAAAAUGUGAAAAUACUAAAAAUCGAAUUGAUAUUGAAUUUAAUGAAGAAAUAUUUGGAAGAGCGUCAGCUGUAUUUAUACAUUAUAUCACUGCAUUUGAAAAUUCUAAACAUCAACGUACAACAAUAUUGAAAAAGAUCAAAUAUGACGAAAAUAUAAUUACACUCUUGGUCACACAACCAUUUCAUAUUCUCAUUGUUGAAUUAUUUAAUCAAAAUUAUUAUUUGAUUGUAUUAAGAGAAAAAUUUAUUGAAUCAGAACAUAUUCAAACUAAAUUAACAUCGAAGCAAAGAUGUGUCUAUAUACAUAAACUAUUAAAUACUACUUUUCAAUUUUAUUCUCGUUUGAAUCGUAUUAAAUAUUACCCUCUCUUGUGUCGACAACAUCAGCAAUUGAUGUGUUUUUAUGAUGAAAACUAUAUGUGUAUAUGUGAUUUGGAUCGAUUCUCGAAUUGUUUCACAUUCGAUCAUUCAAUCACUUAUGAUUGUCAAAGUUACAGUGGUUGUAAAAAUGAUGGUCAAUGUUUUCAAGACAAUAUCACAUGUCCAAGUGUAUCAGUAUGUGUUUGUCCAGAUUGUUAUUAUGGAACAAAAUGUCAAUUUUCAACAAGAGGUUUUGUUUUAUCACUUGAUUAUAUUCUUGGUUAUCAUAUUAAACCAAAUGUCUCAUUUUUUCGACAACCAUUAAUUGUUAAAAUGAGUGUAGCACUCACAACAGUUAUGUUUAUUUUUGGAUCGCUAAAUGGAAUUUUAUCUAUAGCGACAUUUCGCAUGAAGAAAACAAGAGAUGUGGGUUGUGGUUUUUAUUUAUUAGUUUCCUCAUGGAUUUCUAUAUUUAUUGUAAUCGUAAUGAUUAUCAAAUUUUGGCAAUUAGUUUUAUCUCAAAUGGCUGUUCUUACUAAUCGAUCAUUGCUCAUUUUUAAUUGUUUAUUAUUAGAUAUGAUUCUUCAAGUUCUUUUGACUUCAAAUGAUUGGCUUGAUGGAUGUGUUUCUGCUGAACGGGUAUUUACUGUUAUCAAAAAUGUUAAUUUUAACAAAUCUAAAAGUAAACAAAUAGCUAAAUGGAUAACUUUAAAUAUCAUUCUUUUAACACUUAUAACUCAUCUUCAUGUUCCUAUACAUCGUCAUUUGAUUGAUGAUAUUGACACAGAUGAACAACGAACUUGGUGUUUAAUUCAAUAUUCGUCUUCAAUCAAUAUUUUUAACUCAUUUAUCACUCUCUUUCAUUUUCUUAUUCCAUUUAUCAUUAAUUUAAUUUCUAUUCUUUGCAUUAUCAUCUUAAUAUCUCGUUCUCAUUUAACUCUACACCCAAGAUUAACAUUUAAAGAACAUUUACAUUUACAAUUCAAACAACACAAACAUCAUCUGAUUGCGUCAUGUACAUUGGCAUUGUUAGUAUUACCACGUCUAAGUAUGUCAUUUAUUGGUGGAUGCAUGAAAUCACCACAUAAUUCAUGGUUAUAUCUUUUUGCUUAUUUUAUUCCAUUUUUACCAUCAAUGGUGACAUUUAUCGUAUUUGUAUUACCAUCAAAAACAUAUAGAGAUGAGUUUAAUACUACCAUCAAGCGAAUAAAUCGACGAUUACGUACACAUUAA